CGUUGCACCCGGGAAAUACACUCACAUUGGGAUUCAAAAUACGAUAGAAGGAUUAUGCGAGUCAUUUUUCCGUGAUAUUCAUGAAAUCAAGGUACAAGUUGGAAUUGACGGGUGUCCCCUCUCUGAUAAUCACACAAUUUGGCCAAUAAUGGGGAGAUUUCUUCAUCAACCAAAUUACUCCCCAUUUUUGAUCGGUAUUUAUGAAGGACAAAAGGAUCCUAAAGAUGCAACGGAGUUUCUAGAAGACUUGACUAAUGAAAUAAAUCACCUCAAUGAAAAUGGUGUCUUCACAAAGGAUGGAAAACAUUUUCAUUUUCAAAUCACAUCUUACAUUAUGGACUCCAAGGCACGAGCUUCAAUUACAGGUGUGAAGGGACAUACAUCUCAUAAGGGAUGUGGAAGAUGUGAACAACACGGGAUAUCCAUACAGCGAAGAGUCGUUUUUUCCCAAACAUGUGGUCAACUCCGCACAGACGACUCAUUUGCACAAAGAAGAGAUUCCUAUCAUCAUAACGAGGAGUAUCCGUAUGGGCUAGAAGUUGCUAAUGUAAAGAUGAUAUCUCAGGUGCCACUUUGCAGCAUGCACUUGAUAUACUUGGGUAUCGUACGUACCCUUGGGGUACUGUGGAUGACAGCUAAAAGCAAAACAUUUACAUUAAGUCCUCAGAAAAGGAAGGAACUUGACAAAAAACAUAUGUCUCUUACUCCUUUUUUGCCCACAGAAUUUUCACGAAAGCCAGAUAGCCUAUAUUUUGUUCACAAAUGGAAGGCAACUCAGUGUCGCCAAUUUCUGUUGUACACUGGGCCUGUCAAUUCAAAGAAUAAGAAGAAGGGACAAAUUUGUCAGGUCCCUCAGGAGGAUGAUACGUCAGACGAGGACCUUCCUGAGCAAAACGCACCACAGGAGGAAACUUUUGAAAUAGAGGUGUUCUCUUCUCCAAAACCUGAGAAUGAGAUGACUGACGCCGAGUCAGAUGAUGUGCAGUCUGAUAGUCCAUUUGAAGAAUAA